AAACGCCUGGGGUUGGGGCGGCCCCGGCAGUCCCAGCAGACGAGCAGAGCUGAGGAUGGCUGAGCCCUGCGCCUUCCCGCUGCUGGUCGAGGGGUCUUGGGGCCCCGACCCCCCGAAGAACUUGGGCACCAAGUUGCAAAAGUACUUCCAGAGCCCGAAGAGAUCGGGAGGUGGGGAGUGUGAGGUCUGCCAGGAUCCGGAGAGCCCGACCCGCUUCCUGGUGCUCUUCUUCCCGGAGGAUGUUCGGCAGAAGGUUCUGGAGAGAAAGAAUCACGAGUUAGUAUGGCCAGGAAAAGGAACAUUCACGUUAACUGUCCAGUUGCCCACAACCUCAGAUGAAGUUCAUAAUGUCGUUGAGGAGAAAAUUCUAACAAAGGAAUCCAAGACCAAAGAAGAUGUCACAGAACCAGAUGUGUCAGAAGAACUGAAUACAAAACUCCCUCUUAAUGAUACAUCGGAAAAAAUGGAAGAUAUCCCAAAAGAACGUGAAAAUAUUUCUUCUUUGGUGGCACUUGAAAACCUCAAGGCAAAUGUAACUGAUAUAGCAUUAAUCUGGUUAGUGGAGAACAUAAGUGGUCUGUCCAGUGAUGAUUUUCAAGUGGAAAUAAUCCGAGAUUUUGAAGUCGCUGUAGUUACCUUUCAAAAGCAUACAGAUGCUGUAAGAUUUGUUGAUGAUUGCACAAGGUACCAUACAAUUAAAAAAUUUCAGCUCUCUCCAAGACUCCUGGAGGUGACCAAAAUAAUCAGGGUUGAAAACCUGCCACCUGGUGCUGAUGACUACAAUUUGCAACUUUUCUUUGAAAACCCUUCUCGUGGAGGAAGAGUUGCCAGUGUUGAAUGUUUUCCUGAAGAAAGUUCCGCUCUGAUUGAAUUUUUUGACAGAGAAGUGUUAGACACCAUCAUGACCAAAAAACUUGACUUCAAUAAAAUGCCACUUUCUGUAUAUCCAUACUAUGCCUCGCUAGGCAUAGCCUUGUAUGGAAAGGAGAAGCCUCUGAUCAAGCUUCCAGCACCAUUUGAAGAGUCAUUGGAUCUUCCCUUAUGGAAGUUCUUACAGAACAAGAGUCACCUGAUUGAGGAGAUAAAUGAUGAAAUGAGACAUUGUCACUGCGAGCUUACAUGGUCCCAACUCAGUGGUAAAGUUACCAUCAGACCAGCAGCCACUUUAGUCAAUCAAGGAAGACAAAGAAUCAAGACCUGGCAGAAAGAUACUUCCACAACACUCUCUGGCAUCAGGUCCAAAUAUAAAGUUACUCCAAUUAAAGUGGAUCCAACAGUGUGGGACACCAUAAAAAAUGACUUAGAAGAUGAUGGGAUUCUGAUUGAGUUUGAUACACUUGAGGAGAUGAUCAUCUUAGCAGGGAAAUCAGAGGAUGUCCAAAACUUUGAGCUACAAAUCAAGGAAUUAAUAAAAAGCACCACUCAAAAAAUUAAAAGGGAAGAGCAAAGUUUGAAAGAAAAAAUGGUUAUUUCUCCAGGCAGGUAUUUUGUUUUGCAGCAGAGCGAUUUACUUGAACGUCUGAGAAUGGGGUGCCCAGACAUGGAAAUUUUUUAUGAUAGAGACACUCAAAGCUUGUUCCUGAAAGGACUCUGCACAGAUGUGUAUAAAGCAAAGUGUGAAAUCCAGGAAAAAGUGUACACCAUGGCUCAGAAAAAAAUUGCAAUUUCUCCUGAGAUUUUGCAGUUUUUGCAACAGGUAAACUGUCAAGAAUUUUCUAAACAUCUUUUUACAGCACAGAAAAUUCUUGCACUUUAUGAGUUAGAGGGUACAACUGUUCACUUAACCAGCUCUUCUUCUGACACCCUGUUAGAAGCUGAACAGCAAAUGCUCAGUGCAUUAAAUUAUAAGCGCAUUUCAGUUGAGGACAGAGAGCUUCUUAAUGGCAAGAAAUGGAAAGGGCUCGCUUGCAAUUUACAGAAGAAGCAUCUUUCCUCCUUAAAUAUUGCAGUCAUCAAUGAGUUAACUGCAGAAUCCACAGCUGAGGUCAUCAUUGCUGGCCUUGUGAGAGAAGUAAAUGACACCUAUAGAUUGCUUUUUGACUUUAUGGAAAAACACAUGAAAAUAGAGAGAUUGAUUGAAGUAAAACCUUCCUUAGUUAUUGAUUUUUUAAGGGCAGAAAAGAAACUAUUCUGGGCAAAGAUAAAAACGGUGACUGUACAGGUAUCUUUCAACCCUGAGAACAAACCAAAAGGCAUUUUACUAACUGGCUCAAAGACUGAAGUACUGAAGGGAAUGAACAUUGUCAUGCAAAUCAGGGAUUCAGUCUGUUUCCAAAGUGUCCAUAUUGACAAGCCAGGAGCCAGGCAGUUCUUCCAGGACAAAUCACGCUUUUAUAAAAGUGAAGUCAGACGGUUGUUUGGUUGUUUCAUUGAACUACUGGAGAAUGUAGAAAAGAAGGAGGGAGGCAUCACCAUGGGGCAGAAGUACCUCUGUCAGGUGAACUUGGCCCCCGGCAUCACUCUGAUUGUGCAGCAUGGCAACUUAGCACAGCUUCCCGUCGACGUGGUAGUGAAUGCGGCGAAUGAGGACCUCAGACAGAUCUCUGGCCUUGCCGCUGCGCUGUCAAAAGCAGCUGGCCCUGAGCUCCAGGAUGACUGUGACCAGAUAGUGAAAAGAGACGGCCGCCUGCUACCCGGCAAUGCCACCAUCUCGAAGGCAGGAAAGCUCCCAUACCGGCAUGUGAUCCAUGCAGUGGGGCCCAGGUGGGAGAGAGAUAAAGCCCAGAAGUGUGUGUUACUGUUAAAGAAAGCUGUGGAACAAAGUCUCCUUUUAGCUGAAAAAUACAAGUACAGAUCCAUAGCCAUCCCAGCUAUCAGUUCCGGGAUCUUUGGCUUUCCCUUAGGCCAGUGUGUGGAGACCAUUGUUUUGGCUAUCAAGGAAAACUUCCAGAAUAACCAGGAUGGACGCAGCUUGAAACAGAUCUACCUGGUGGAUAUUUCUGAGAAGACUGCUAAGGCCUUUGCUGAAGCUGUGAAAACUAUAUUUACAGGCUCCCUCCUUGACACAGCUGCCCUGCCCAGUUCACCAGCAGCAGCCAGGCCUGAAAAAACACCACGGGAGCAGACCACCCUGGUGUCCCCGGAAGGCCUGCAGAUCCUGUUGGUGACAGAAGAUGUGCAGAACGCUAAGACUGAUGUUGUCGUCAACUCUGUUGCCUUGGAUCUUGUGCUUGAUGGAGGGCCUGUUUCUAAGGCCCUCUUGAAGAAAGCUGGACCAGAGCUCCAGGAGGAACUGAACAUGGCUGGACAAGGGGUAGCUGUCAACGUGGGCACAGUUCUCCAAACCAGUGGCUGCAAUCUGCACUGCUACCAUGUGCUUCACGUGGUGGCUCCACAGUGGAAAAGUGGCAAGGACUCUUCACACAAGAUUAUGGCAAACAUAAUCAGAGAUUGUUUGGAGAUCACUGAGAGAUUGUCCUUAGAAUCAAUUGCAUUUCCAGCAAUAGGAACAGGAAACUUGGGGUUUCCUAAAACCGUAUUUGCUGAAUUAAUCAUUUCAGAGGUGUUGAAAUUUAGUAGUAAGCAUCAACUGAGAACUUUACAAGAGGUUCACUUUCUGCUGCACCCAGCUGAUCAUGGAAAUAUUCAGGCAUUUUCAGAUGAAUUUGCCAGAAGAGCGAAUGGAAAUCCCGUCAGUGACAAAAUUCCCAAGACUGGAGAUACCCAAGGUUUUUAUGGAAGUGUGUCUAGCCCUGAUUUAGGAGUGCAUGAAAUGAAGAUCGGUCCCAUCGUCUUCCAGGUGGCUUCUGGAGAUAUCACGAAAGAAGAGGCAGAUGUGAUCGUAAAUUCAACGUCAAACACAUUUGAUCUCAAAACAGGGGUCUCCAAAGCAAUUUUAGAAUGUGCUGGACAAAAAGUGGAAAUUGAAUGUUCUCUUCAAGCUCAACAGACCAACAAGGAUUAUAUAAUUACUGAAGGUGGAUCUCUGAGGUGUAAGAAUAUCAUUCAUGUCAUUGGUGGAAAUGAUGUCAAGAAAUCAGUUUCCUGUGCUUUGCAGGAGUGUGAAAAACGGAAGUACUCAUCCAUUUGCCUCCCAGCCAUUGGGACAGGAAAAGCCAAUCAGGACCCGGAUAAGGUUGCUACAGCUAUAAUUGAUGCCCUUGAAGACUUUAUCCAGAAAGGAUCAGCCCAGUCUGUAAAAAAAGUUAAAGUUGUCAUCUUUCUGCCUCAAGUACUGGAUGUGUUUUAUGCCAACAUGAAAAAAAGAGAAGGGUCUCAAGCUUCUCCUCAGCUGUCUCUGAUGUCUAAAUUUAAAUCACUUUUGGGCUUUUCAAAGGAAUCGCCUAAAAAACUUCAGAAGCCUUUGGUUUUGGAAAAGAAAACAGAAUCAGUUAUAUUCCAGGUAUGUGGUGAAAACAUAAAAUGUGUGGAAGACACUAUCUCCUGGAUACAGGACCUGAUUGAAAAGGAACAGUGUCCUUACACCAGUGAAGAUGAGUAUAUCAAAUACUUUGAUGAGAAGGAAUAUCAGGAAUUAAAUGAGCUGCAGAAGAAGUUAAAUAUUAACAUUGUUUCCCUGGACCUCCAGAGACCUUUGAUUAAGGUUUUGGGAAUUAGCAGAGAUGUGAUGCAGGCUAGAGAUGAAAUUGAGAAAAUGAUCAAGAGAGUUGUAUUGACCAAAGAACAGGAAUCCCGGGCAGAUUGUAUCAGUGAGUUUGUAGAAUGGCAAUAUAAUGACAAUAAUACUUUUCAUCGUUUUGAUAAAAUAACCAAUAUGAAUUUGGAGGAUGCAUGGAAAAACAAGAGAAAAACAGUUGAUGUCCAAAUUAACAGUCAGAGGUACACAGUGACCUUGGACACAUACACUGCCACAGAUGCAAAUGGACACAAUGUACCUGUUCAACGCCUCGUGAAACAUGACGUUGAUAUCCCUGUAUCCUGGAGUGAUAUGAAGCAGCAGAAUUUCUGCACAGUGGAGCUACAGCCCAGUGAUUCAGAAUACAACGUUGUGGCAAGCAGUUUUAAUCAGACCUGCUCACAGUUCACAAUAGAGAAGAUUGAGAGGAUCCAGAAUCCAGAUCUCUGGAAAUGCUACCAGAUAAAGAAAAACACCAUGGAUGCCAAGAAUGGCCAGACAAUAAAUGAGAAGCGACUCUUCCAUGGGACAGAUGCUGGCUCGGUGCCAUAUGUCAAUCAAAAUGGCUUUAACCGCAGCUAUGCUGGAAAGAAUGCUGUGGCAUAUGGAAAGGGAACUUAUUUUGCUGUCAAUGCCAGUUACUCUGCCCAUGAUACAUACUCCAGACCAGAUGCAAAUGGGAAAAAGCAUAUGUAUUAUGUGCGAGUCCUCACUGGACAAUACUCACUUGGAAAUCACUCAUUAAUUGUGCCUCCUCCAAAGAACUCUCAGAAUCCUACAGACCUGUUUGACACUGUCACAGAUAAUGUGCAAAAUCCAAGUAUAUUUGUGGUAUUUUAUGACAACCAGGCAUACCCAGAGUACCUUAUUACUUUUAGAAAAUAACAUUUUAGUAUCCUU